ACACCUCCUAGUGCUCCAUGUAAGCCAUGACUACAGUACACAAGCAUGAAGCCUGUCUUGUGAUCACAUGACCGAAGUCACCUGACACGACUCAACAUGGCCGCUUCCAGUAGCAGUAUCUGGAAGCAGAAAGUGGAUCUGUUGCAGCACAAGUGUGAGAGCCUCUGUACCAGAGCUGGGGAUGAUCCUAUUUUAAGGAAAGCCAAGACUACACUGCAAAAACUGAAAGACCUUUCAUUGGACGAAACAGAGAAGUUUGAUAUUUCAUGUUUUCUAAAUCUUUAUAGCAAGGCUAUUUUAGAUAUUACUUUUUAUGAGGAAAACCAACUGGUGGAUGAAGAUUUUGUAUGUGAUGAUGCUUUACAGAAAGUUGGAGAACUUAUUCGGAAUCUUUCAGAACCAGAACGUUUAGCUAGAGAUGCUAAACUCCACAAAAAAGCCCCUGUUAUUGAAGUGGAGGUGUUAGAAUGCCUGUAUUGGAGGAGAGGAGCUCUGCUCUACAUGUAUUGCCAGACAGUCGGUGAAAGAGAGUGUUGGCAUCUUAGAAAUCCUAAAACAUUUCAACAGUGUCUUAGCGAUGGAGUUUCUCAUCUGAUGAAAAUGCUAAAGAUGCAAAGCCCUUUGGUUCUGAAUGAGGACGUUUCAUUUCAAGAUUUAAAUACUGCAACUCUACUUAGUGAAGGUAUUUUUAGUGAUACCCACGUCUUGGCACUGAUGUAUUGUGGAGAGAUGUGCUAUUGGGGAUUGAAAUAUUGUAGUGAUUCUCAGUCUUCAAAUACAGGACCCGAGAAUGGUGAUCGCUCACAAGAUAAAUUGGUAGCAUUUAAAGACAUAGGAGAGAACGUUCUGGAGACGUAUAUUUCUGUAUGUGAAGGACCUCUCAUCAGUCAAGGCUGGAAAACUGAGAAAGCAAAGACUAUCUUACAAUUUCUUAAACAUUGACAUGUGUAACAUUUUUCCCUGUAUGCUUUUCUGAGAAAACAUUAUUUUAUUAUCUGACACAUCAUAUAAAUACAUAUUUAAAAUUGUUAUAUGUAA